AUGGGACAUUGCAGACACAUCGAUCAAGUAUUCAAAAAUGAAAAAUCAAGAGAAGGGGUUCUUAAAUCAUGUAAUGCAGCUAGAUUUAUUUUAAAGCAUUCAAUAAUGAAACAAAAAUAUUUAUAUGCAAUGAGGUGUUCUACAUGUAAAGAGAUCAAUGCAGGUUCUACAUUUAUGUGCUUACAAUGUGAUUUCUCUGGAUGUUGGAAUAAUUCUGAUUUUGCAAACCAUAGUAAGCAAAUGGGUCACAUUUUUUCAAUAAAUUCAAGUAAUGGACUCUUGUUUUGUUUUAAAUGUGUUGAUUAUAUCGGUGAUGUCGAACAAAUUAAUUACUCCAUGUUGAAUAAAUUUUGGGAUGAUAUUUCUAAAAAGACUCACAUUACUUCACAGGAACGGAAAGAUGGUCUUUUCGGAUUAGUUAAUAUGGGAUCCACAUGCUUUAUGAGUAGUAUUUUACAAACUUUGAUUCAUAAUCCUUACGUCGUUAAUUACUCUAUGUGUCAAACUCAUUAUAAUAUGUGUCAAUCGAAAAAUCCCUUAUCAUGUACCUCUUGCGCAUUAGAUUUAAUCAUUACAGAAUUCUAUGCCACUGAAUCGAAGGGUAAUAAUAGUUCACAUACUGGGUUUAUUUCAUUAUUAAAUUCAUUGCUACAAGUUAAUGAGAAUUUUGCUGGGUACUCGCAACAGGAUGCUCAUGAAUUUUUACAAUUUAUUUUAAAUCAAAUACAUAAUGAUUACAAACUUAACUCAAUGGAAGAUGUAAAUAGCGGUAAUACUACUGCUAUUGCCAUGAAGACUCUUCCUGGGACUCAAAAUAGUAAUAAUAAUAAUAAUAAUACUAAUCAUAUUCACGGUAAUGACGUAUCAUGUAAAUGUCUAAGUCAUUCAAAUUUCCAAGGUUCAUUGAAAAGUUCCAUCCUAUGUCCACAAUGUAAUAAUGAUUCAAAGACAACAAUUGACCCCUUUAUGGAUCUUUCCUUAGAUGUUAAAGAUAAAUCUAAUUUAUAUCAAUGUCUUGAUAGUUUCCAUAAAUUAGAAAAAUUACAUGAUUUCAAUUUUCAUUGUUCUGAAUGCAAUAGUACACAGGAUCCAAUUAAACAAUUAACAUUGAAUAAAUUAUCCCCUUUAUUAGUUUUCCAAUUGAAAAGAUUUGAACAUUUACUUAAUGGUACGACAGUGAAAAUAAACGAUUUUAUUGAAUAUCCGUUGUAUUUGAAUAUGAAAACUUAUUGUCAAAGCUCUAAUAAUGAUACAGAAGAAGAGGAAAGUAAUAGCGAGAAUGUUCCUGAUAUGAUCUAUGAAUUAACUAGUAUAAUAUCUCAUAAGGGCACUGUUAAUGAAGGGCAUUAUAUCGUUGUGGUAAAGGUUAAUGAUGGGCAGUGGUUUAAAUUUAAUGAUUCGAUGGUUUCUGCCAUUACUGAAGAAGAGGCAUUAAAACAACAGGCAUAUUUAUUAUUUUAUUCAGUUUUCCAACUAAAUUAA